UUUAAAAAACAACAGAAAAUAACGGACAUCUAUAUAACCAGUCCCCUUCCCUUCUCUGUUCAGUUGUAAAUUUUAGCUUCAUUCAUGCUUCAUGCUGCAUCUUCUCGAAACCUUCUCCGACCGUUCCCCUUACGAUUCACUAACAUCUCUUCAAUUCUCAAUCAGACCCAUUUCAGACAGUAUCAUAAUCUGUCUAACCGUAAUGAAUUUCCUGAUGUCUUCGAUCACCUUCUUCAGCAAUGCAAUACCAUUCAACACUGCAAACAAAUCCACACCCAUGUAAUUACCACCGGUAGCCAUUCCUCUGCUUUCUUGGCUGCCCGUAUAAUCUCUGUCUACGCUCGUUUUGGGCAUCUAUUCGAUGCUCAUAAGGUAUUCAACACGACCCCUUCCGAGUGCAGAACCAAUUAUCUCUUGUGCAAUUCGAUUUUGAGAGCUAAUGUUUCGAACGAACGCUAUGAAAAUGUUAUUAAAUUGUAUGUUAGAAUGAGAGAGAUUGGAGUUUUAGGAGAUGGGUUUACUUUUCCUUUGGUUAUUAAGGCGUGUGCUCAUGUGGGUAGUUUUAAUCUGUGUAGAACAGUUCAUGGGCAUGUCUUCGAAAUGGGGUUUCAAAAUAGUAUCCAUGUUGGGAAUGAAUUGAUUGGUAUGUACAGUAAAGUUGGAAAAAUACGAGAUGCACGCAAUGUGUUCGAUAGAAUGUCUGUUAGAAGCUAUAUUUCGUGGAAUAUUAUGAUUUCGGGUUAUGCGUUUAACUACGAUUGCAGUGGUGCGUUUAAUAUUUUUGGAAGGAUGGAAUCUGAAGGAUUUGAGCCAACUCAUGUGAGUUGGACAUCGUUGAUUUCGAGUUAUGCGCGAUGUGGUUGGUAUGAGGAAGUAACGAGAUUGUUUGACUUAAUGAGGGUGAGAGGAGUUGAGGUGAGCGGUGAAACUCUUGCUGUGGUUUUAUCAGUUUGUCGUGAUUUGGGUUUAUUUAAUUGGGCAAAGGGGAUUCAUGGAGUUGUCGUAAAGGGUGGAUAUGAAGAAUACUCAUUUGUAAAGUCUGCAUUGAUAUGUGUGUAUGGGAAACAUGGGGAUGUAAACGGUGCGCGGAAUUUGUUUCUGGAAAUGAAAAAUAAGAGUUUAGCAAGUUGGAAUUCGUUGAUAACAUCACAUGCUGAGGCUGGUUUAUGUGAUGAGGCUCUUGAGAUAUUUUCACAGUUGGAGAGAUCAGGAGAUUGUCUGAGGUUGAGGCCUAAUGUAGUAAGUUGGAGCGCUGUAAUCGAUGGAUUUGCUUCUGGGGGACGAGGGGAGGAGUCAUUGGAACUUUUUCGACGAAUGCAGGAUGCAAAAAUAUUGGCAAAUGCUGUUACAAUUUCUACUGUUUUAUCAGUUUGUGCAGAGUUAGCUGCAUUGAUUCACGGUAGGGAACUCCAUGGCCAUGCGAUUAGAGCUGUAAUUGACAAAAACAUUCUUGUGGGAAACGGCUUGGUAAAUAUGUACACGAAGUGUGGAUGCAUCAAAGAAGGUCAUGUAAUAUUUGAGAGGAUUGAGAAGAAAGAUUUAAUCUCAUGGAACACUAUGAUCACGGGAUAUGGAAUGCACGGUUUUGGUGUGAAUGCUUUGGAAAUUUUUGAUCAAAUGACUAAAUUAGGUUUCAAGCCAGAUGGGGUCACCUUUGUUUCUAUUCUUUCCGCGUGCAGUCACGGCGGACUUGUUCAAGAGGGUCGUAGGCUUUUCGAUCAAAUGCUUAACGAGUAUACCAUCGAACCCCAGAUAGAGCAUUACGCGUGUAUGGUCGACCUCCUAGGCCGAGCAGGGCUAUUGAGAGAAGCGAGUGAAAUAGUAAAAAACAUGCCAUUAAAACCAAAUGCUUGUGUUUGGGGUGCUCUUUUGAAUUCUAGUAGAAUGCAUAGUAAUACAGAAGUUGCAGAAGAAACUGCUUCGUAUUUGUUUAGUGUUACCGAGCACGAAACAACGGGAAAUUACAUGCUGCUUUCAAAUAUAUACGCCGCAAGCGGUAGAUGGGAGGAUUUUGCAAGAGUUAGAAGUUCAGCAAAGACAAAGGGAUUAAAGAAGAAUCCUGGUCAGAGUUGGAUUAAUGUGAAUAAGAAUGUUUUUAUGUUCUCUGCAGGAAAUAGUAUGCAAACCGGUUUGAACCAUAUUUAUGAGAUGCUGGAGGAAUUAGUACUUCAAAUGGAAGGUGAAGGAAAUUCCCUGAUAAUGAAUUCACUUGAAAAUAUGUAAAUGAAGAAACUAUCUGACCGAGAUGGAGAUCGAUUUUGUUUCAUAUUUAAAUGUAAUGUCCCUACCACUAGAUUAAAUAUACAGGGAAUGGACAAAUUAAACCAUAGUUCCAAAACUAGUUACCAUUCACAAUGUUUUUUUUUUAAAGAACAGCAUAUAGACAACGUUUGUGCUUCAA